CUGCUCUUGAUGCUUGCUGCCAUCGCCAAUAGUGCUUUCAACAUCCAUCUGAAAUAAAUUUCAGUUUGUAAAAUGCAUAACAAUAAUAAGAAAGUCAGUUGAAUUGUAGUAGUACUAAUUUCUUUGCUUCUAGCUGUGUUCAGUGAGUUGUAUAGUUGAAUAGGAAUCAAAAUUUAACAUACCGUGAUCCAUCAUUAAAUACACGUGAGUGAAUAUAUAGAUCAACAAGUUGAUUAUCAUAAAUGAAGUAGAUAAUGUACCUAUUACGCAUUUCCCCACCCCGCAACGGGAACGUGCACAUUGACCUACAAUUUUUCUUCGUUUACCAACUCAGCUACGCGAUAAGCUUCGCCAAUGAAGGUCAGAGAUGUCAAGACAAAGCUAAACACUCGCACGCGUUCUUUGGCGCUCUCCUACAUUUAAUUAUUUCAAAAAAACAUUUGUGUGUGACAAAUAAAACAAAUAUGGACAGAAUUUUGAGAGGUAUUAUGAGAUACCGUGUUUUGGACAGGGCCAGUAUGGUCAAACAAUUCCAACAAGUCAAAGAUAACCCAGUUCCUAAAGCUAUAUUUUACACCUGUAUGGAUAGCAGAAUGAUUCCAACAAGGUUCACAGAAACCAGUGUGGGAGACAUGUUCGUAAUUAGAAAUGCCGGCAACGUGAUACCUCACUCUGAAUACUUUCUCGAUGAGAUGACAAGCUGUGAACCUGCAGGUUUAGAACUUGCCUGUAUCAUAAACAAUAUUAGGCAUAUAAUUGUUUGUGGACAUAGUGAUUGUAAAGCUAUGAAUUUAUUAUACAAACUCAAGAGUAAAGAAGAGUCUAGUAAGGAACAGAGAAGAAUAUCUCCUUUAAAAUCUUGGCUUUGCAACCAUGGUGAAUCGAGUUUAAGGAAAUUUUUAGCAAUGAAUGGCGACUUCUCUAAGCCUAUGUUAUUUUCUGCUGAGACACCUCAUAGAAAAUUCGUGGCGUACAUAGACCCAGACAAUACUUUUUGUAUAGAAGACAAAUUAUCACAGGUGAACACUCUGCAACAACUACAAAAUGUAGCAUCAUAUGGAAUACUAAAAAAGCGUUUAGAAAAACAUGACUUGCACAUACAUGCUUUGUGGUUUGAUAUUUAUACUGGAGACAUUUAUUACUUCAGUAGACGUGCUAAACGUUUCAUUAUUAUUGAUGAAUCAACGUAUGAAGAAAUACUAGCUGAAAUUCGAAGAUAUUACUCAUAAACAACUGAAAAAUGCCGCAAAAAUUAGUGUAGUUAUAAGUCGUUAUAAAUAAAGGAAUUUUAAGAUUGUAACAUUCAAUGUUAAAAAUAGUAGACGGUAUUAACAAUGGUAUAGGUACUCGUAGAACGAACCAUUUAACAUUAUAGUUCAAGUGUUAAAUUUGUUAUUAUUUGUGUGUG